AUGGCAGAAACGAAAAUGCGUCUGGAGGACUGGUUGGAUGACUUGUGUGUCCGGUUCAUUAUAAACCUUCCACGAGAGGAGUUGGAGUCUGUUGAGCGCAUUUGCUUUCAAGUUGAAGAGGCACAAUGGUUCUACGAAGACUUUAUUCGGCCUCUCGACCCGAAUCUCCCCUCCCUAAGCUUGCGCGCCUUCGCCCUGCGUAUCUUUCAGCAUUGUCCGCUGAUGUCGCAAUGGUCUCAUUAUCAUCACUCGACUGCGUUUUCUGAAUUUUUAGCGUAUAAAACUCGUGUUCCUGUGCGUGGUGCCAUAUUGCUUAACCAGGACAUGGAUGAAGUUGUUUUAGUCAAGGGCUGGAAGAAGAAUGCAAAUUGGAGUUUUCCCCGGGGUAAGAUCAACAAGGAUGAGAAGGACUUGGAUUGUGCAAUUCGAGAAGUCUACGAAGAGACUGGUUUUGAUAUCAAAGCCGCAGGACUUGUGAAGGAUGAGAAGAAAAUGAAGUAUAUUGAGAUUCCUAUGCGCGAACAAAACAUGAGGUUAUAUGUCCUCAGAGGUGUCCCAAAGGACACUCUUUUUGAACCGAGGACAAGGAAGGAAAUCAGCAAGAUUGAGUGGUACAAGCUCUCAGAGCUACCAACGCUCAAAAAGAGCAAGCUAAUUGAGACCAAUGGCCACAACCUAUCUAACAAGUUCUAUAUGGUCGCUCCCUUUUUGGGGCCAUUGAAGAAAUGGAUCGCACAACAGAAGCGCGCCGAUCUUGCUGCAACGCAAAACAUGGACAUCGGUGCACAGGAGGUAUCCGGAGAUGGCUUGUUGUUAGGGGAGAACGGAGGUUUUUCCGCCAAUGAACCACUACCGAAGGAGAAAACGAACGAAUCUCAGCUUCCUAGUGACUUGCCUGAAGUGUCUACGGUGGAGGACCCUUCGACGCACUUAAAGAGACUCCUCAAUAUCAACAGCGUAUCAUCCUUGCCAGAAGUUUCCACUGACACCCAAUUUCCAACCCCGGAUUUAUCAAAGGGGAGUGAGCUUCUGGCUUUGCUACGAAACGCAUCCGAUAUUAAUGCGCACCAAGCGCCGGGCACUGCGAUGGGCCCCCCUAUUCAGCCAUUGUACUCUCCCAAAGACAUCGUGCAGCAGCAAAAGCAGCAUCAGAACAUUCCUCACCAACCGAAUUUUGCACAACCAUCGGUUCCCCAGAAUCAAAGCGGCGUUCCAAUACAGUUUAGCACAGGAAUGGCUGUGAAUCAAGGCUAUUUUAGAAACGUACCUCACCAAAGGCAGGUUGGCCAACACCCUUCGUUUCCCUUCCCAUACACUCCAGGUCAUCCGCUCCAUCGUCAACAGCAGCAACCACCACAUGCCAGUGUGCGCCAAUUGCCUUAUCCAUCAUUCCCAGUAUCACCCGGAGACCCGUAUUCUAGGGACCAGCCAUCAGCAUUACCCAACCUUCCACGAUCGCCUUUCAGAAUUUCACCAAUGUCUUCAGCUCCUAAUCAAGCACCGCGCUUCAAUACCACUCUACCACAGAGAAAUACUCCAGCGCCUUACCAGCGCACUGGCGACCCGGAAUUUGCCCAGGAACUAUUUCCAAAUCCCCAUGCACGGUCCAUUCCUCCAGCCAGCAAGCUUCCUCCGCCGAAACUCACAAGUCACUCACUCGCUCUUCUCAAUGUCUUCAAGAAUGAGAGCGUUAAGAAAACAGACGUACCUAAGCCUGAGCCAACAUCGCAGCAAAGCGCAGCGCAUCCACCAAUUAGUGCUCAAUCUCAACACCACGAGAGUCUCCUUGAACUUUUGAAAAAGCCUCAGGCGGCCCCUCCUGCCCCGGGACAUGCAGAGCUAGCUGCUCGCCCUAGCCCUUCCUUUGAUCCGGCACGGAUUCAUGCGCCUGUGCCUGUACAGUCGCCACCAAGAACACAAGCCCCGCAGAAGUCUACAAACACCGCUCCCAGAACUUCGGCCACUGUGUCGGGUCCCUUGAACAUACCUCAGUUCGAAGCUAUUGCAAAACCACCGCCUAAGAAAUCUGCGAGGCAAUCUCCACGAAAUAUUAACAAGGGGGAAGCUACAACACCGACAGGAAGUUUCACUAUCCUUCCACGCCCACCUCCCUCGAAGGAAGUCGUUCCACCGCAACUUACCAACGCCAAACCACAGCUUACUUCACCUCCGAAAAGAAAUGUCAAACUCUCUGAGAUUACAAAACCGUUUCAACCGAAAAUCCUUCGCCGUCCUGUUAAAGAAGAUCUCGAGGCUUCGCUUCCUAACGGCACCGUGACUGUUAGUGCGUUUAGUCUCUCAGAAAAAGACACUGUGCUGGAUCAUCUACGCGAUAAACCUACCCAAAUUAAUGUAAAUUAUGACCGACGACCGAGCCAGACCGCCUCUCAAAAAGAAGCUUUGCUAUCUCUCUUUGGAAAAGCUUCUCCUUCACCCACUCCGCUCUCUUCAGAGCAGAAUCGAGCUUCUCCCCCUGCGCCAAAAUCUCCACCACGCUCGGCCAUCAUAAGCCCAGUUGAGAUAUCUUCUCCCCAAGUUGGCAUGCCAACAGCACGCGGUCCUGCUCCAUUGUCCAGUCGGGGAAGCAUUUCCCCCGUUGGUGGAAACGAAACUCGGAAGGCAGCCCCAACAUCACCGAGGGACAAGGCAUUCCUGCUCGGGUACUUGGACAACAUUGCGAAGGGUAAACAAUGA